AGGGGGGCAGCAAAGCACCAAAGCUGCCCAGACAGCCAGAAACUAAGAGAAGAAGAAGAAGAGGACAUAAACAUCUUUGCAUAACAGUCCUCUGAGCUGGUUCGGAGGGAAUUCUGUCGGUCUGGUACCGGUAUCUUCCACCAUGUCCCUCCUCAGGCAGUGUGUCUCCGCCGGCAGACGGCUCUGGUGUCGAACCGCAGCUUUGGAUCCAGUGUUUCCAGGUUCGGUCCGGUCAGCCAGCGGGGCUCUGAAGGAUCAGGAGCCGCUAAGGAAGCCGAAAACCCCGCAGGGCCGGUUCGAUGCUCCGGAGGAGAAGAGCAGAGAUGUUCUAGAAAAGUUUCCCGACGACGUCAACCCAGUGACCAAGGAAAAAGGCGGACCUCGGGGCCCAGAACCCACCAGAUACGGAGACUGGGAGAGGAAGGGCCGCUGCGUGGACUUCUAGCAGCACACCUGCAGCUCCUCCAGAGGAGCAGCUGCUACUUCUUUCUGUUGGAUUAUUUAAUCUGUUUAUAUUCCGAACAACUAACCCAUGAAAAUAAAGAAUGUUUGUGU